GGGGUGGUGGCUUUUCUUCUGUUCAACAUUUUGCAGCGGCGUCCGCGUCCCCCUCCUCCCGCAUCGCUUCCGGCGGAAGCAAAAAGGCGUGAGUGCGAAAGCCAUCCGAAAGCCGCCACCCACGAGUGAGGGGGAGUGACCCAGGCGGAAAGGGAAAAGAGUGCCCUAGGGGAAAACUCCGCAUAAAGCGGGCGAUUAGCUUGGUGGAUGCUUGGAUUGGAUCCAAUGGCGGGUGCUCAAGCCGCGUGCUGCUAGAUCUCGGCCUGCGGAGGCAAUGGCGACGCGGCCGGCUUCGCGGCAGCGGAAGGCGUCUUCGGCGGCGGCGGCGGUGGUGGCCAGGAGUUUGACGCCGCAGCAGCAACAGCCGCAGCCGCAGCCGCAGUCGGGGUCGCCGACGUCGACGACCACCACCACCACGUCCUCGUCGCGGCUCACGCCGGAGCUCUCGCUCGACGGGCCCGCGUCCCCGCUGUUCGCUGGGCUUGACGAGGACCCCGCGCCCAAGGAGAAUGUCACUGUCACCGUCCGUUUCCGGCCGCUCAGCCCCCGCGAGAUUCGGCAGGGGGAGGAGGUGGCGUGGUACGCGGACGGCGACACGGUCGUAAGGAGCGAGCAGAACCCCAGCGUUGCUUAUGCUUAUGAUCGGGUUUUUGCACCAACUACUACAACCCGUCAGGUCUAUGAUGUUGCUGCUCAACAUGUUGUCAGUGGAGCCAUGGAAGGAGUGAAUGGUACAAUAUUUGCAUAUGGUGUUACAAGCAGCGGGAAGACUCAUACGAUGCAUGGAGAUCAAAGAUCCCCAGGAAUUAUACCUUUGGCUGUCAAAGAUGCAUUUAGCAUUAUACAAGAGACACCAAAUCGUGAGUUUCUCUUGCGAGUGUCAUACUUGGAAAUUUACAAUGAGGUUGUCAAUGAUCUUCUCAAUCCUGCUGGACAGAACUUACGAAUUAGAGAGGAUCCUCAGGGAACAUUUGUUGAGGGUAUCAAAGAAGAAGUAGUAUUAUCUCCUGCACAUGCUCUAUCCCUCAUUGCCGCCGGAGAAGAGCAUAGACAUGUUGGAUCCACUAACUUCAAUCUACUAAGUAGCAGAAGUCAUACAAUUUUCACACUGACUGUAGAGAGCAGCCCUUGUGGUGAGUCUAAUGAAGGGGAGGCGGUCACCUUCUCACAGCUGAACCUCAUCGAUCUGGCAGGUUCAGAGAGCUCAAGAGCAGAAACUACUGGAGUACGCCGAAAAGAAGGAUCUUAUAUCAAUAAAAGCUUGCUAACACUUGGAACUGUGAUAUCGAAACUUACCGAUGGAAAAGCUACACAUAUUCCAUUUCGUGAUUCAAAACUAACACGUCUUCUUCAGUCAUCCUUGAGUGGUCAAGGACGUGUUUCACUGAUUUGUACAGUGACCCCAGCCUCUAGCAACUCAGAAGAGACCCAUAAUACACUGAAAUUUGCCCACCGUGCAAAGCGCAUUGAGGUCCAAGCAUCACAAAACAAAAUUAUAGAUGAAAAGUCUUUAAUAAAGAAAUACCAGAAUGAGAUUCGCAGAUUAAAGGAAGAACUGGAACAGCUGAAAAUGGGUAUUAUUACUGGUACUCCACUGAAGGAUUCUGGAGAAGAUAACAUCAUCCUUUGGAAACAAAAGCUAGAAGAUGGUAACGUCAAGCUACAGUCUAGGCUGGAACAAGAGGAAGAAGCUAAAGCUGCUUUGCUUGCAAGGAUACAGCGUCUCACAAAGCUUAUCCUGGUUUCCACUAAGGCAACCCAGACUUCUAGAUUUUCUCCACAUCCUGGACCAAGAAGAAGACAUUCUUUUGGGGAAGAGGAGCUUGCAUACCUACCUUACAGAAGACGAGAUAUCAUCUUGGAUAAUGAAAACAACGAAUUACUUUCUCCUGUCGAAGGACUUGGUAUGACACUUGAAGAUUCGAAGGAGGAGAAAAAGAAUCGGAAAGGAAUUCUUAACUGGUUUAAACUUCGGAAACGUGAUGGUGGAGCUUCUAUUCUGACAAGUUCAGAAGGCGACAAGUCCAGUUUGACUAAAUCAACUGCUCCUUCAACACCUAUUGGAGAGAGUGUUAAUUUUCCUUCUGAACCAAGAAUAUCAAAUUCUUUGGUUGGUGAGAGUGCAUCUGUUGAUCUCUUUAGCAUUGGCCAUGGGGAGUUCCCUACUGACAGCCUUCCCGGAGAAGAAACACCUCUGGCCAGCAGAAAAACAAUAGAUCAUGUUGACUUAUUGAGAGAGCAAUUGAAGAUUUUGUCAGGGGAGGUUGCACUUCAUACAAGUGUCCUAAAGCGCCUUACGGAGGAAGCUGGAAGGAGCCCAAAUAACGAGAAGAUUCAGAUGGAAAUGAAGAAGGUUACUGAUGAAAUUAAGGGAAAGAAACAUCAGAUAGCGUCUUUAGAAAGACAGAUACCUCAUUCCAUUUCAAAUAAUCAAGGGAUGAUCGACAAGUUAGAACUUACACCGUCUUAUGCUGAACUACUUGAGCAACUCAAUGAGAAAUCCUUCGAUCUUGAGGUGAAGGCUGCAGAUAACAGAGUAAUACAAGACCAGCUAAAUGAAAAGACAACUGAAUGCAUGGCAUUACAAGAGGAAGUUGCUCACCUAAAUGAGCAGCUUUACCGAGCUCUUCAAGCUAAGGAUUCACUGUCAAAUAGCAUUAUGAUGAAUAAUGCAGGAAUCCAUGAAAUUGAUAAUCAUGCUGGUCAAGACCCAUCAGUUCCAAGAGAGAUCUCUGGUGAAAUGGUGCCAAAAGAACCACAGUCAGCUGAGAUUGAUGAGCUGAAGCAGAAGGUGUGUGAGCUGACUGAAGUAAAAGCUCAACUAGAGGCUCGCAACCAGAAGCUACUAGAAGAAAGUACGUACGCGAAAGGCUUGGCUUCAGCUGCUGGAGUUGAAUUGAAAGCCUUGUCAGAAGAAGUCACCAAGCUCAUGAACCAAAACGAGAAGCUUGCUUCUGAGUUGGCAUCGGUGAGAAGUCCAACCCCACGUAGAGGAAACAAUGGACUGAUGAGAGGUACUAGGAGGGAUAGCAUCAGUAGACGACAUGAACCUGCUCCAAGAAGAGACAACAACGCAGGCUAUGAGAGAGAGAAGGCAUUAGAGGCUGUGCUUAUGGAGAAGGAGCAAAAAGAAGCAGAACUCCAAAGGAAAAUUGAGGAGUCAAAGCAAAAGGAAGCCUUCUUGGAAAGUGAGCUUGCAAACAUGUGGGUUCUAGUGGCAAAACUGAAGAAGUCUCAAGGCCAUGAUCUUGAGGAUUUUGACACCAAAUAUGGCUCGUGACAUAGUAACUCUAGGCUAAUUAAUUAUCAGUAGUGCGCCUGGCUUGGAUACGUCUGUAUGUAUGUAAGAUAUAAGAGAUUUGUACCAGGUUUCCUGUUGCAGUGUGAAUUAGUGUCCCAUCUUGUAUAUUCGCCGGUUGAUCAAAGUUGUGAGAGGUCUUGUCGGGGCUCAUGUGCUGAGAGCUUCCACAUAAUUGCUGCAAUGGGUUUUUGGAUUCUCCUGUCACGGGUGCCCCAGCUAAAUGUCUAACAUGUUUUAGCACUGCUCAUCCUGCUCAUGGAAGAACUUCGGUUUGUGAAUAGAUUCAGCGCGAGUGAACCACAUUGAUUGUUUUGUCAGUAAACACUUUGUAAUUUUCCUGUGGGAUGCUUCAAUAAUGUAAUAGUCAGACCUCUUGUGGUCCGACGUUGGUUUUGGGAAUGCAA